AUGUCCGAAAUUAACAAACAAUCAAUCAAAGAAAUCGAAAAAAUAGACACUCUUUCAAUAUCUUCGUCUUCACCUAUUUCAUCAACAAGUGUUAACAAUACUAGUACUAGUUUCUCUGAUUCGAAAAGUGCGAUCAAAAUGAAAGAAAUCGAGAUUUUUGGGAAUAAUAAUUUGGCAAAAAAUAAGAGAAAUCAACCAACUGACUACGAAGAGAAUCCACAACAGCUAUUGACAACCGAAGAUGAUAUAAUGGAAGAGGAUAAAUUAGAAAAAGUAUCCAGAAUAAACGAUGUCGCCGCAAAUGAUCGAAUGGAUCGGACUUCAGCACCUUUAUCUGUAUCUAUUCAAGCAACAGAUGCAAAUUUAAAUAUAAAUGUUAACAACCCUAAUUUAUCCGUGGCAACUUAUACGGAUCAAGUAAAAAGUAAUUCAGUUAUCACAACAAUAAACAUAACCGAAAAUCCAAUCUUGAACCAGCAAGAGAUUGACAUAGAAAAAUUAACUGAAAUUACAAUGGAUGAUUUAUUGAUUCUCUUUAAUAAUAGCUUCAAAUAUAAUGAAGCAAAUUUAGAAAAACGCUUUAUUUAUCACCUUGGUAUUAAUGUUGAUAAAGAUUAUAAUCAAGCCUUAAAAUAUUAUCAACAUGCAGCAGUUCAAG